AUGAGUGACUACGACAACCUCUACCAGGCCGGGAUGUACCUAUCCCCUGGCCAGCAAGAUCUCCUUCUCGCUGCUCUAUCCUCCAACAACCCAUCCCAAAAGAACCCCAACCAUACCCCGCAGAUCAAGCCAGACCACAGCCCCGAUCAAUCCUCGAAUGGUGGCCUGAGUGGGCCCCCAUCGGGUGGCUUGGAGAAUUCCCAGUUCAAUGGUUUGGACUUCGGGGAAAAUGAGAGUCCCUUCCUCGACUUCAAUCCUGACGUCGACUUCGAGUUUCCUGGCUCCGGAGACUUGAUCGGGGAUUUACCCGAUGGCGAGUAUGAACUCGGCGAGAAGCGGAAGUCAAUGGAUGGGAACUCGGAUGGCGAGGAGGAGACGGGCAAGAAGCGACGGGAAAGUGAGGCGAAGAAACCAGGUCGCAAGCCGUUGACGUCGGAACCCACGACGAAGCGUAAGGCUCAGAACCGUGCCGCUCAGAGAGCGUUCAGAGAGCGCAAGGAGAAGCAUCUUAAGGACCUGGAAACCAAAGUGGACGAGCUACAGAAGAACUCGGACACGGCUACCCAGGAGAACGGCCUGCUUCGAGCCCAGGUGGAGCGCCUCCAGGUGGAGUUGCGUGAGUACAGGAAGCGUCUCUCGUGGAUGACGAGUGGCAGCGGCCGCUCAGCCAUCAGUGCCAUUCCCAGCGCUCACUCCAAGGGAGCCUACGGACUCCAGAACAACGAAUUCUUGUUCGACUUCCCUAAGUUUGGUGACCUCCCUGGCUCCCAUCUGUUUAAUGGCCAGGGAAACAAGAGCGACCAAUCGAAGGCCAAGCCGAGGGAUAAUGUGCCUCGUGCUCCUGGUGUAUUGAGUCGUCAAAAUGGGAAUAGCCCGGCCAGCUCUAGCAAUUCGAAAGCGAGCACCCCCACGGCCGGUCCCAGUUCCAAGCCAAGUCCUUGGUCGAAUGGGACUCCGGGCAGCAACGCUUCCGUCAAAACCCCUUAUAAUAACUUGAAGCCUUACAAUGCCCCGACUCACGACACAUCGACCUCGGAUUCGCCGUCUUCCUCAUCUGACUCGCAUCAGAGCCAGUUGCUUUCAUCAAAUGGCACAUCCCCCAAGCCCAGCGUGAAUUCCCCACCAGACAACAAGUCUCAUGAGUCCGGUGCGAAUACUUGCAGUAUUCACGGAUCGAUCAAUGGCGAACAAUCUUUCUGCGCCCAACUUGGGAUGGCCUGCGGCAAUAUCAACAACCCCAUCCCCGCGGCUCAAAAGGGCAAGUCGAACAGCAUUUCGAGCAAUCAGCCAGCCUCUACCGAUGACUACGGGUUAGACUGGUUGAGUCAACAGAACGGGGGUCAAUUCGACCCAGUACUGUUUGGAGACUGGCGAGAGCCUCAGGACGCCGUACUCUCCCAGGACUUUGGUUCUUUCUUCAACGAUGCUUUCCCUCUCCCCGACCUGGGCAGCCCAUCCCACAACCUGACAGAGGCAACAACACAGCCAACGCCGAAGCCGCAGCCACAGCCACAGCCGAAGAAGGACCUGGUGUCUCAAAUUGACCACAAGCUCGAGGAAGAGGUUGUUCCAGGCGAGGACCAGGAUAAGAUGCUAUCUUGCAAUAAGAUUUGGGAUCGUCUACAAUCCAUGGAGAGAUUCCGUAAUGGCGAGAUUGACGUUGAUAACCUGUGCUCAGAGCUGCGCACCAAGGCCCGCUGCUCUGAAGGUGGUGUCGUCGUGAACCAGAGUGAUGUCGACGAUAUCAUGGGUCGCGCGAAGUAA